UGGCCGGCCGCCAGCCCCCUCGCUCCUGCCAGGCUUACGGAGGAGAAAACCAACAACUUUUCUUUUGUGUGGGGCUACUUUUCUUCCCUCCUCUCUCCUCCCUCCCCUCCACCUCCUCCUCCUGCUCUUGGGUCCUUCUUUGCCUUCCAAGAUUUAAACUCUAAUGGCGGAUUAAAAGGCCCAGACGCCUUCGGCUUUAGAGUCGGGCUCCAGGUGUGCAGUGGGUUGACCAUCUGACAUCACCAAUAUGACUCUUCAUGCAACCAGGACAGCUGCACUCCUCUCUUGGGUGAACAGCCUACAGGUUGCUGAACCUGUGACAUCAGUGCUAGAGCUCCAAGACUGCAACAUCUUCAUCCAGAUCAUCAACCGCAUCCAUGGCACUGAAGAGGGGCAGCAGAUCCUGGAGCAGCCUCUGCUGGACAGACUUAACUUCAUCACCAGCUUUCUGCAGAAAAACCGCAAACAUCGGUCCUCCUCAGAGAGCCUAGUGUCUGUGCAGAAGCUAGAAGAUGGGGAGGAGUUGGAGUUGGCUAAGGUGAUCAUGUUACUCUUAUACCAUUCCACCAUGAGUUCCAAAAGUUUGAGGGAUUGGAACCAAUUUGACUACAAAAUCCAGUCGGAGUUGGCUGCCAUUCUUAAAUUUCUGUUGGACCAUGAAGAUGGGCUCAGUCUGAAUGACAACUUGGAGAGUUUCCUACAAAAAGCUCCUCUCCUUUCCAGUAGUCCCAGCACCAGCUCUGAUGAACUUUCCCCAAUGCGUACCCAACAAACCAGGAAGGAAGUUCGAUUCUUGGAACUGCAGAAGAUUGCCUCCUCAUCAGGUCUAAACAACUUCUUGUCAGGGUCUCCUGCUUCUCCCAUGGGUGAUAUCCUUCAGACUCCCCAAUUCCAAAUGAGACGGUUGAAGAAACAGCUGGCCGAUGAGCGGGCUAGCCGAGAUGAGUUGGAGCUGGAGUUAGCUAAAACCUGCCAACUUCUGGCUGAGAAGGACACACAGAUCUCCUCAAUGCAGCAGCGUAUUGACCGCUUGGCUCUCCUAAAUGAGAAGCAGGCCACAGGACCCCUGGAAUCUAAAGAGCUGGAAGAAUUACGUGACAAAAAUGAGAGUCUGAUUGUACGGUUUCAUGAAGCUUUGAAACAGUGCCAGGACUUGAAGACUGAGAAGAGCCAGAUGGAGCGCAAGAUUGACCAGCUCUCUGAGGAGAAUGGGGACCUUUCUUUCAAGCUUCGGGAUUUUGCCAGCCAUCUGCUGCAGCUACAGGAGGCUCUCAAUGAUUUGACAGAAGAACAUAACAGCUCCACAAAGGAAUGGAGGGAGAAACAGGUUCACUUGGAGACUGAACUCAGCACCACCCUGCAAGACAAGAAAUGCCUUGAAGAGAAGAAUGAGAUCCUCCAGGGAAAAAUAUCACAGUUGGAAGAGCAGCUGGCACAGGUUGGGAAGAAUCCAUCCCAAGAGAAGGGAGAGGUGUUGGGCGACAUCUUGCAGCUGGAAGCCCUGAAACAAGAGGUAGCCAACUUGGCCGCAAGGGAUGCUGAGCUUCAAGCCACAAUUAAGCAACUGGAGAAUGAACGGAGUCAGUGGGAAUCGGAGAUGCAAGCCGAGCGGGGCCGCUUUAAGGAAGAGAAGCAGCAGCUGGAGCAGAAAGCUCAGGCUCAGGAAGCCCAGCUGACUGCCCAAGUGGCCACCCUCCACGCCACCCUCCAGCAGCAGGACCAUGAUCUGGCUGACCUCAAGCAACAGACUGAAAAGGAGCAAGCCCAACUGACCGAGACCCUUCAGCAACAAGAGCUGGCUUCCCAAGGCCUCCAGCGCCAGGUGGAGCAACUGAGCAACAAGCUGAAACAAGAGGAGGGGAGGCUCGAGGGGCUGGUGCAGGACUGGAAGGUGACCAGCCAGACCAAGGACCAGCAGCUGGCAGCUGCCACAGAGAAGUACCAGGAGGCCCAGCAGGAGAGGGAUGCAGCCCUGGAACGGUUGAAGGAGCUGGAGAAAGAGAAAGCCACGGAGUUGGGAGCUCUGCAGCAACAGCUCCAAGCUAGCACGGAUGCUUGUCACAGCGCCCAGGCUUGUGCCGCCAAGGCCGAGCAGGAGAAGAGCGCACUGAGCCGGAAGGCAGAGGAGCUGCGCGCAUGUGUGGCUGAGCUGAGGACCCGGCAGGAGGAGCACCAAGCGGAAGCGAAAUUGGCAGAAAGCCUUCAGGCUCGGAUCAAGGAACUGGAGAGCCAGCUGAAGGCUGAACAGCAAAAACUGUCCGAGAGAGAAGGACUGGCCCAGGAGAAUGCCCAGCUCCAGGAACGACUUCUUUCUCUGGAAGAAUCGGUACAAAACACUAAGGGCAUCCUGGAGGAUGAGAAGCGGCACGCUGCGGAGGCCCUGGAGGGGCAACUACGGCGCAUUUCCGAGCUGGAGGCAGAGAUGCAGAGCCUGGGGCAGCAGCGAGACCGAGAUCGGCGGCAGCUGCAGGAGGCCAAGGCAGGGCAGCAGGCUCUGGAGGCCCAGCUCCAGAAGCUUGGAGAGGGGCACCGGGACAAAGUAGAAGCCUUGCAGCAGGAACUGGAAAAGGUGGCGGCUGCCCGGCAAGAGGCAGAGGGAAAGUGCGAGCUUGUGGCCUCAGAGGUGGCUUCCUGGCGUGCUCGUUAUGAGGAGAACCGGAAGGAGGGGGUACAGCGUGGUGCCCUGCAUGAGGAACAGGUGAAGACCCUGAAGGAGGAGCAUGAGCGGGCCCAGAAGCAGCUGCAGGCUGCCCAGGAGAAGGUGGCCGUGCUGGAGGCUCUCACCCAGCGCCAGGAGGCGAAGCAGCAAGAACAUGCCCAGCUCGAGGCCAACCUGUCGGGCGCCCUCCAGCAGCUCCGGGAGAAGGAAGAGCGGGCUCAGGAUCUGGCCGACAGCCUGUCCAAGCUGCGGGAGGAAGUAGAACAGCUCACGGCUGCGGCCAGGAAGGCAGACGAGGAGAAGGAAGCCUCUUCACGGAGGCUGGCCGAAGAGCAGCAACGGGUGCGAGAGCUCAAGGCUGCCACGAAGCAGCUGGAAGAGCAGCAGGGCCAGAAACUGAGCAGUAUCCAGGCGGCCCUGCAAGCCAAGGAGCAAGAGGCAGAGCAGCUGACGGAGAAGCUAGAGCAAGUGCGCGGCGCUCUGGCAGAGAGCCGGGAGCAGCAGCAGGAAGAGCGUGCCCGGUGGGAGCGGGAAACGGCCCAUGUGGGGGAGGAGCGAGACCGGGCUGCGGCGGACCUAGCCGCCGAGAAGGCCGCCAAGGCCGAGCUGGAGGCGCGGCUGCAGAGCUCCCUGAGUGAGCAGCGCGAGCAGAUCUCUGGCCUGCAGGAAGCCUUGGCCCAGGCCCGGGAAGGAGCAGAAGGCCAGGAGCAGCAGCUCAGAGAGCUUCAGAAGCAGGAGGCUGCCCUGCGGGCAGAACGGGCUGAGCUGCAGAAGACCACUGAGGACUUGAGAGAGCGGCUGGCCCAGGAGGAGGCAGCUUCCAGGGCAGAUGCUCUGGGGGCCGCACAGUUAGGCGCCCAGGAGUCGGAGGCUCUGCGGGCCAAGCUGGGUGAGCUGGAGCGGCGGUGCCGGGAGCACGAAGACAAGGCCUCCGAGCUGGAGCGCCGCCUCGAGGCUUCUCGGAAGGCCCAGGCCAGUCAGGAAAGCACUGCUGCUGCCCUCCGCUCUCAGCUGGAGGAGAGCACCCAAGAGCUAGCUGCCCUCCGAGUGGCAGCCCAGGAGCACAGCAAGGCUGAAGAGGAGCAGAAAGCCCAAGUGGCCCAUGCCCGGCAGGAGGCUGAGAAGAAUAGCAGCCUCGUCGGCAGCCUGGAGCAUGAAGUGUCCAUCCUGAACCUCCAAGUCCUGGAGAAAGAGGGAGAAAGCAAAGAGCUGAAGCGCCUGGUGUUGGCCGAGUCGGAGAAAAGCCAGAAGCUGGAGGAGCGCCUGCGCCUGCUCCAGGCAGAGACUGCCAGCGCCAGCACACGGGCGGCCGAGUGCAGCGCAGCCCUGAGCUCCGAGGUGGAGGCGCUCCGGGAGGAGGCUGAAAAGCAGCGGGCAGCUGCAGAUGGUCUCCGGAGGGAGCUGGCCUCCCAGGCAGAACGGGCAGAGGGCCUGGGGCAGGAGCUGAAGGCCUGGCGUGAGAGGCUGUCCCAGAAGGAGCAGUCCCUGUCCUCGCUGCAGCGAGAGCUCGCUGCUUCCCAGGCCCUCGUUGGGGAGCUGUUGCCCAUCAAGCACCUCUGCCAGCAGUUAGAGGCCGAGAAGGGCGUCCUGCAGAGCCGCCACCGAGAGGAGCUUGAGCAGGGCGAGAAGGCCGCAGCAGCGCUGCAGGCAGAGCUUCUUCGGGCCCGCCGAGAGCUCGGGGACCUGUCCGCGUUGCGACAGAAAGUGGCUGAGCAGGAGCAGACGGCUCAGCAGCUGAGGGCAGAGAACGCCGGCUAUGCUGACCAGCUGAGCGCACUACAGCAGGCCCACGGCCGCCUAGCGGAGGAGAACCGAAACCUGGGGGAGCGGGCCAGCCACGGGCGGCAGCAGCUGGAGGCAGAGCUUGGACGAGCCCGCGAACUCGAGGCGGUGCGGGCUGAGGCAGAAGCCCAGGCGGCUCGGAGCCGGGAGGAGGCCCUAGACAUGGCCAGGCAGCUGGAGACCAUGACAACCAAGUACGAGAGUGCCAAGGGCAAGGUCCUGGAGGAGAGGCAGAGGUUCCAGGAAGAGAGGCAGAAACUCACUGCCCAGGUGGAGCAACUAGAGGUAUUUCAGAGAGAACAGACUAAGCAGGUGGAGGAACUGAAUAAGAAGCUGGCCCAGCAACAAAAUCUGAAGCCCCCUGAAAGUGAAACCCAGCAGCAAGCUCACCAAUACCAGGCCCAACUCAGCGAGCUGCAGGCACAGCUGAGCCAGAAGGAGCAGGCCGCUGAGCACUAUAAGGCUCAGAUGGAGAGAGCCAAGGCUCACUAUGACGCCAAGAAGCAGCAGAACCAGGAGCUGCAGGAGCGGCUGCAGAAGCUAGAGAAUCUACAGAAGGAGAAUGCCGAGCUGCGGGCCGAGUCCGAGAAGCUUGGCUGGGAACUGCAGCAAGCCGGGCUGAAGACCAAGGAGGCCGAGCAAGCCUGCCGCCAUCUCACUGCCCAGGUUCGGACGCUAGAGGCACAGGUUGCUCAUGCAGAUCAACAGCUCCGAGACCUUGGCAAGUUUCAGGUGGCAACAGAUGCACUGAAGACCCGAGAAGUCCGGGGGCUGCCCCAACUGGAUCUGAGCACUGACAGCCUAGAAUUGAGCAGUGAAGAAGGGACCCCACUGACCUCUACAAGAUCAGCAGCUCAUCGUACUCGAAAAUCAUCUCGAACCCAGCCUGAUGGCACCAGCCUCCCUGGGGAGCCAGCUUCACCCAUCUCUCAGCGACUGCCUCCUAAGGUGGAGUCCCUGGAGAGCCUGUACUUCACCCCAAUACCUGCCCGAGGACAGGCCCCCUUAGAAAGCAGCCUGGACUCGCUGGGUGACAUUGUAUUGGAUUCUGGUCCCAAGACCCGAUCAGCUCGAAGGCGGACCACACAGAUCAUUGACAUCACAAUGCUGUCCAGGCUGGACACAGAUGAACCUGACAGCUCAAAUUCAUCCUUCUACAGCACACAGUCAGCCCCGGUCCCACAGCGGGGCCUCCGUUCUGCAUCCUCGGCUCAGUCCCUGGCUAACUGCCCCUCCCGGGAGUCCCGGACCAGGCUGAGCUCCCUGGAGGAUGGGAACUCAGCCUUGCUCAGCCUUCCUGGCUACAAGCCCACCACACGCAGCUCGGCCCGGCACUCUCAGGCUAGAGCAUCUAGUGGGGCCCCUUCAGGCCGGAGCAGCUUCUAUACAGGCACCUGCCAGGACGAGCCAGAGCAACUGGAUGACUGGAACCGGAUUGCAGAACUUCAGCAGCGUAACCGCGUCUGCCUCCCACACCUGAAGACCUCCUACCCCUUGGAGGCCAGGCCUUCCAUGAGCCUGGCCACCAUCACAGACGAGGAGAUGAAGACAGGAGACCCCCAGGAGACCCUUCGCCGAGCCAGCAUGCAGCCAGCCCAGAUCCAUGAGUUCAGUGGCGCCCAUCGCCUUCCCUCGAGCAUCACCACCCGGCAGCACCGGAAGCGUGUCUCCUCCGAGCCAGACCAAGGCCUCGGCACCCCUGAGGCCAAGAAGCCAACCAGCUGUUUCCCUCGUCCCCUCACCCCCCGGGACAGACACGAAGGCCGGAAGAUGAGUGCUGCCGAGGGCCAGAAGAAGGGGGCCCCUGCCACUGGCAAGCAGACCAACAGGCGCCAGUCAUUAGCCUUCAACAUUCUGAACACACCCAAGAGACUGGGGAACAGCCUGCUCCGGGGGGCCACCAGGAAAGCCUCGGCUAAGACCUCCCCCCUCCCCCGAAGUGGGACCCGCCGCUCUCCCCGCAUUGCCACUACCACCACCGCCACCGGCAGCACCUCUCCCCGGGCCAGGGGCAAGGCAAAGCACUGAGGGAUCGGGGUCCGAGAGCAUCUUCUGCCCGUAUCUUCCACGGCCGCCCCAUCCCCUGUAGGGGCCCGCGUGCUGGGCCUCGGCCCACUGUUCUCCAGUGCCUUCUCUCAGCGCCCAGGGUAGGGAGACUCCUCAUCUCCCAGAGACACUGAGGCCCGCCUCCCACUCCCCCUGCCUGGAGUCCCCACAUAGCACACCUUCCCAGGGAGGCGAGUGGGGAGCCGGGUCACCCUGUCCCCCCCUUAACCUUGAAGCACAGUAACCCCUUUAGCUCUCCAGCAGAGAACAAAACCCCCGUGCCACUGAGAACUUAACGGGGCCAGGCCUGAGGGACCACGUCCAGCCUCCUCCUGCCCUCAACCUCUGGGAAGCUCAGCGGCCUGGGCUCUUGUGCCUCCCUCUAGCCCCAUCCCUAAGGGAUGGCUCCUGCUCCCAUGGCUGUGGCUUCUCCCAGGCCCAACCUUGGAGGAGCCAAGUUUCCAAAAUUAGUUGAGAAGAGCUUGGGCUCUUCUGCCUUUCUCCCCAAAAGUGGCCCUCCGCCUCUCCACCGUCCUCCCCUUCCUCUAGUGACAAGCUUCAGCAGCUCCCGACGCCUCUAAGCCUCUCUCCUGCCUGCCCGACUGUUGGGACCUGUUGUUAAGGGGAACCUGGGGAAAGACACUAGCCAGCUGGGUCCAGGGAUUCAGGGAGCAGUCAGACACGCACCCUGGCACUCCCCUUUGGAUGCCAACCACUUCAUCGCACCUUUGAGCCUCUGGAGAGACAAGGAGUAGGGAGGGAAUAGUGGGAAUGGGAGGGUCAGGACUCAUCUGUUGGAAUUUUUCUAAAUGUUAUUUCUUGUAAAUAAAGUCUUAUUUUUCUC